UUCAGGCCCUCCCAGUUUUAGACCUCAGAGAAGCCUGCAGUCAGGUUCAAAGGCAGCUCUUGCAGUGCCUCACCCUUGGCUGACAGCACGAGAAGUCGGCAGCCCAAGGCAGGGAAAUUUAUUCUCUUUUUUUGCCACAGCGGAAGAACGAAAGCUUCUGGCCAGUUAAGAGGAGACUGAGACGUUCAUCCAUCUAUUUUAUUUGGUCAGCUGACUGAAAGCCAAAGCUACGUGAACUUUGCUUCAUGGUGACCUGCUAGAGUUGGAUAAUGGCAACCCCUUUCCCAGAGACCUCUUCUGCAGGAAACACACGUGUGAAUAGCAGUAAUGAAAUGGAUUCUGCUGUCAUUGGAGGUGUCAUAGCUGCUGUGAUUUUUGUGGUUAUUUGCCUCUUUGUGGUAAUGAUCCGUUACCUGUACAGACACAAGGGCACAUAUCACACCAAUGAGGCCAAAGGCACUGAAUUUGCUGAGAACGCAGAUGUUGCUUUGAAGAAUGAUCCCAACUUCCAAGACUCUGUGGAUGAAAGUGAACAACCAGACGCUUGAGAAUCAUACCUUGGAAUACUACAUUGUUCGUGUUUGUUCCUGGAGGCUAGAUUUUACAUCAUUGCCUGUCUAACUGAUCAUAGUUGGAGACUUGACAAGCAUUCAUCUUGUGGCUGGGGGACAAUUGUUACAUCACAGAAGAAAGUAUUCAAUCAUGGCAAGAGCAAUCCAAUUGCUCCCAUUCCCCAAUUCCUUCCUAAAAAUCUGUAAAUACUUCUUCCUCUCAUACCAAAUCAGUUGGUUUUUAUUUUUUGAAAGCCAAUACUGCAAAAUGAUUCUAUUAAUGUUCCAGUAUCAAUGAAAGGAAGUUUAACCAAUUUGGCAAAAGACCAAAGGAGACAUCAGUAGUACUUUUAACAUGCUUAAUAUUAUGAUCAGAAAUGCAUUGCCUUAAAGUACUUGAAAUGUUAGUCAUGUUCUUCUCUCCUGAAUUGUUGAAUAUUUUCUGAUUUUGGAUUUUGAUUCAGUAGUUUGUUUCUGGAAUGCAAGAUGAAUUUGAAUAUAAAUACUUAAAUUACCUGAAACACUUUUUUUUUCUAAAUGCAGUUAUCUCUAAUCAAUACCCAUUGUGUAACCUGAACUAACAUCUCCCAAACAUUUUUUUUGUAAACCGUAGAAGAAAAGUUAUAACUACUGUAAUUUAAAUCAGUUUCCGACUCUUAUUUUCAAAAAGUCACACAAUGCUAGCUUUAGCCCUUCUCUUUAAAUAAUGAUUACCAUUAAACACUAACUUCACAUGCAAAUAGUUUUUUUUUAAAUACAGUAAUGAAGCAGAGUUUUAAAUUUCAAUUUAAGAUCGAGUCCAUUUAUUUCCUCCUUCCUUUCAUUUAAUCAGAAUAUUUUUCACACACAUCCUAUAAAAGGUCUCGGAUUGAAACAUUGACUGUUUAUUAAUUUCCAGAGAUGCUGCCUGGCCUGCUGAAUUCCUCCAGAAUUUUGUGUGUGUUGCUCAGAUUUCCUAUGUUUGCAGAAUCUCUUGUGUUUAAGAACUUUCAUAAGGAUGAGAAUCAGAUUCAGUUUAUUAUCACUGACGUGUCAUGUAAUUUGUGGUUUUGCUGCAGCAGUACAGUGCAAGUCAUAUAAAAAAUAUAAGCUGUGCAAGAUGAUAAGUGGCAUAGAUCAAGUUGUGCUGGGGUGGAAAUGGCUAAUGCCAGGGGAAAUAAUUUUAAGGUGAUUGGAGGAUAGUAUAGAAGGAAUGCCCAGUUCUUUGCACAGAGAGUGGUGGGCCCGUGGAACACCCUGCCCGGGAUGCUGGUAGAGGCAGACACAUUAGGGACAUUUACGAAACUCUUAGUCAGGCAAAUGGAUGACAGUAAAGAGGAGGCCUAUUCUACAGGGAAUGGAUAGAUUGAUUUCAGAGUCGGUUAAUAGGUCAGCACAACAUUAUGGGCCAAACUCCUGUAGUGUUCUAUGUCCUGUGUUAGAAUAAAACAAAUAAAUAGUGCAAAGGAGGUGCUUAUGAACCAUUCAGACAUUUAACAGCAGAGGGGAAGAAUCUAUUCCUAAAACAUUAAGUGAGUGUCGUCAGACACCUGUAACUUCUCCCCAAUUGCAGCAAUGAUAGGAGAGCAUGUCCCAGAUCGUGAGGAUCCUUUAUGAUUGAUUAUCUUCUUGAAGCACCACUCUCUGAAGGUGACCUUGGUGGUGGGAAGGCUAGUACCUCUGGUCACCCCCUCCUCAUUCACCCAUUUCUGGCGACCUGUGCAUUCACCUGACAUCGCACAAGUGCAGAAUGGAACAGCGAGCUGUGGAGUCUAGAACACCAACAGUUUCUCCUUUAGUGGGCCUCCAAGCCUUGGAUCCUCAGCCCUGAUUCUGAACAGGUCAACACUGACACACUUAAUUCUGGCUGUAGGAGCAGCUGUACACUUUCUGCUGAUGUCUGUAAAGAAUUUGUACAUUCUCUCUGUGAGCAUAUCUGUUUCGUCCUCAUUCUCUGGUUUCCUCCCAUAUCCCAGGUUUGUAGGUUAAUUGGUCACUUGGGUAUAUUGGGUGGUGCAUGCUCCCUGUGCCGGAAUGGGCCUGUUACCACGCUGUAUCCUUAAAGAAAAAAAAAUCUUCCAUUCCAAACAAACUUGCAUUUUUUUCAUGAAUAGGUAUGCAACACUGCAAAUAGGGAUAAAUUUCUUUGGCAAAUAACAUUAGGUUUCACUUUGCAUACACCGUACUUUAGAUUUGGCUUUGUAGCACAAUAGUGUAGUGGUUUUAGCAAUGCCAGCUCUAAGAUUAGGAUUCAAUUCCAAAUACUGUCUGUAAAAUCAUGCUACAACUGUGUGUGUCACCCUUGGGUGCCCCGUUUCCUCCAACAUCUUAAAGACAUAUGGUUAGUUGUAGACAUGCUAUGUUGGUGUUGAAAUUGUGGUGACACUUGUGGGCUGCUCCCAGCACAUCAUGGACUGAGUUUUUCUGUAUAUUUCAAUGUUUUGAAGUAUAUGUGACAAAUUCCCGCCACUGUCUGUAACAAGUUUGAACUUUCUUCCCGAGACCACACAGGAUUCCUACAGGUACUCCAGUUUCCUCUUUCAGCACAAAGGCCUUCAUGUUGGAAGGUUAAUUGAUCAUUGUAAAUUUUCCCGUGAUUAGGCAAUGGUUAAAACCAGGGGUUGCUGGGUGGUGAGGCUCAAAGGGCCGGAAGGGCUUACUUCAUGCUCUAUCUCACAAAAAAAACCAAAGCUAACCUUUAAUCUUUACCAGUAUCAUAAUAUGGGAUUCAGAUGGUCAAAUGCAGCUCAGGGACAAUAAUAAGAGGCAAUACCUAGCAGAACUUUUUAUUCAUUUAGUGAUUCUGCAACGAACAGGCUCUUCCUGCCCAAUGAGCUGCAUCGCCUGGCAACCCACCUAUUCAACAUUAGCUUUAUCAUAGGGCAAUUCUCAAUGACUUAUUAACCUACUAACCUGUAUGCCUCUGAACUGUGGGAGGAACCGGAACAUCUGGAAGAAAUCCUCUUGUUCAUGAGAAGAGAUACAGACUCCUUACCAAUACCAUUAAAAUUUAACUCUGAACUCAGGAACAAAGCAGGCUAUCACCCAACUAAGGAUAAGGAAGCUGUUUGGUUUUCCCAGUGGUAAACCUUGAGUUCAGUGACAUCACUUGUCUGGAAUGAAAUCUAGCAAAAAGCAUUCAACCAGAUUGUCUACAUGCUUGUAAAUAUGUAAACAACAUGUAAAUAUGCUUGGGUGCAAAUAAAGGAUAGGGUACUUCCCCAACAUCAUCUGUUCAGGGGAAGAACUCUAAAAUCUUUCAAGCAUAAAGGACAGAGUUUGGUUCAUUGUGCCUCCUAAAAUCUGGAACAUUCUCCAGCUAUUGAAAUAAAGCAAUAACCUGCAGAUGUUUGAAAUCUGACAGAAGAACAAAGUGUUGGAAACACUCAGUAGGCAAGGCAGCAACUGUGGAGAAAGUAAAAAGGAAAGAGGCCAAGAGACUGAAACAAAGAUUUCUAUAACUGACAUAAUGUGGAUUUUGCACUUACAACUUCUCUUUGUUUCUUUUCUCUAAUUGGUGGAUCAAGAAGUCACUGCUACAUUCUACGGCUCUGCACUUCAUAGAUGUUCCUUUUGUUUUCUCUAUUUUGCUCCCGCAGCAACGUGAUGGACAUUGGUAACAUAGAAUGCUGCAAGUCUGGUUCAUUGGACCAUUGGUGGGGAUGAUGUGGUGCCUCAGCUGUGGUGAGGACCAGGACUAGUCAAGGCCAAGGCUAUGGGGACGCCUGUGGCAAUUGCACAGUGGAAGAGGCAGUAAGGUUGUGCUGCCCUCUGGUGUUGGCUUAAUGGAAGAACAAGCUGGACCAGAACAAUUUAGUCAUGCUAACAUGGGAACUUGGGCUAUAUAUAUUAUUUUUCUCUUUGUGAUUGUAUGUUUUUUUUUUCUGAAACCAUAACCAUAUGUGCUUAUGUGCAGUGUGCUAUUGGUAAUGUGUUUUACACCCUGACCCUUGAGGAACACUCAAGUUAGGUUAAUGGGUAGUUGACUGAUAAUUAAAUGAACUUAAACGUACACUUGUUUUCAAAGUUCAAAGUAAGAUUCUUAUUCAAGUACUAUGUGUUAUCAUGUAUUUCCCUGAAAUUCAUUUUCUUGUAGACAUUCACAGUAGAACAACAAAAUACAAUAGAAGCAAUAAGAAAACUACACACAGAUGGUUGGUUGUGUUUAAAGUGGAAAAGCCAUUGCACUAGGGCAGUGCACACACAAGCAAAGACUGACAAGCAACCUAUGUGCAAAAGAGAACUGAGUGUGCAAAUAACAAAAACAAAAAUGUAUAUAGAUAUAAAUAAAUAAUACCAAAAACAUGAGUUGUACAGUCCUUGAAAGUUGUUGUGGCAGUUAACAGUCCUAUUUGUGCUAUGUCAUAGGUAGCCACUCCCACACAGGAGGAGAUUACAUACUGUACAAAAACAGUCAUCAAUAAAGUUCAGUUGAAUACCCUGCAAGGUUGGCAUGCUGGCGUGCUCUGCACUCUCCCUCAAUAUCAAACACAACAUCCUGAUUGCCAAUAAAUUGGUGCUUCAGACCCAGUGACAUCUCUAACAAGAAAUAAUUUACGGGAAGACUGUUCAUGUUUGUAUAUAACCAUGAAAAAUAUCCAGAGUCUCAUCAAUCUAAACUGCCUGUGCUAGUUACUAAUUGUAUGUUCCAUGAGGGUGAGCUGAGAACUUGCCAGGUUUGCUUGGCAAUGCCUUUGAUCUGAACUGAAAAUUAGAUACUUUGUAAUAAUCUGUGAGCCACUAGCCUGGGGAAGUGCACAGAGACACAGGCACAGCAGAGAAGUCAGUCAAACUCUUGGAGACAGAAAAUAAGUCUUUUGACAAGCAAGUUAGUGCAAUAGUAAAAGCCAGUUUUUUCCAGCUUUCUACUAUUGCCAAAAUCAAGCAGUUUCUCUCUUUCAAGGAUCUCGAGAAAGUUAUCCACACCCUUAUAUCCUCCCGCUUCGACGACUCCAACUCCCUGUAUACUGGGAUUAGUCAGUUGUCCCUUUCCCGCCUGCAACUGGUCCAGAACGCAGCAGCCAGGCUACUGACAGGUGCCUGGAAGAGGGACCAUAUUACUCAUAUCCUAGCCUCCCUCCAUUGGCUGCCAGUAUGGUUCAGAAUUGAUUUUAAAAUUCUCCUGUUUGUGUAUAAAGCCCUAAAUGGGCUGACCACCCCCCCCCACCCCCCCCCCCACCCCCAUAUCACAGACCUGCUAACCCUGUAUUCUACUUCCAGGUCCCUCAGGUCGGCUGACUUAGGGCUCCUGGCUGUCCCACGAUCUAAAUUUAAGCUCAGGGGUGACUGUGCCUUUACUGUUGCAGCCCCUAGACUGAGGAACAGCAUUCCCCUCCCUAUCAGAUCUGCCCUCUCCAUCGACUCUUUUAAAUACUGGCUCAAAACUUAUUUUUAUUCAGUAAUGUUUGAAUUCUCCUGAUGUGGCUGAUUUCUGGCUUGUGCCUAGGCCUUUGUGUUGUUUUUUUGUGCCUAUAAGCUGUUUGCCUUGUUGGUUAUGUCUGUGUUUCUUGUAUUUGUGAUUUUAGCUAUUCUGCUCUGAUCUGUACAGUACUUUGGUCAACAUAGGUUGUUUUUAAAUGUGCUAUAUAAAUAAAUCUGACUUGACAACUUGA